GCUGACGUCAGGGAGGAAGGUGACAAACCGCAGCUCCUCCCCGGUGUGGGCACGCACUCAAUAUAAUACUUUUCUUCUGCUUUUUGCCGGUCAGCUGCUGCAAGAGCUGAGUAACCAGGGGGUGGAAUACGCCGAGGGAAACGGCGGCCGCGGCGAAAGGGCAUUUCUGGAAAGCCGCUUCUGUGCCGCGAGUCAGAGGAAGGAAGAGCGCUGCCUGUGGCCCGUAAACUUAGUCGCUCCUCACUUUACCGACUCCCCUCAGCUUUGCUUCGGCCGUGCAAGCGGACAAAAGCGCGGAGGGGCUUCUCUGUAGAGCUCUGUGGCUGUGCCCCGAUCUCCCCAAGGGCUUGCGCGGCGGCGGGGAGGUGAUGUUUCCCCUGGGCUCCACCUGGAAUAUCUCUUUCGCGGGCUGCGGGUUCUUGGGGGUGUAUCACAUCGGGGUCGCCAGCUGCCUCCAAGAGCAUGCGCCUUUCCUGGUCGCCAAUGCCAAAACCAUCUAUGGUGCUUCCGCCGGAGCUCUGACAGCCACCGCGCUUGUUACUGGAGCCUGUUUAGGUGAGGCUGGUGCAAAUAUAAUUCAUGUCUCUAAAGAAGCUCGGAAAAGGUUUCUUGGCCCUCUGCACCCAUCCUUCAACCUGGUGAAAAUCAUCCGUACAUGCCUAUACAAGACCCUGCCAGACAAUGGUCAUGAACUGGCCAGUGGGCGCUUAGGCAUUUCACUGACACGGGUCUCGGAUGGAGAGAAUGUCAUAUUAUCAGAAUUCAACUCCAAGGAGGAACUUAUCCAGGCAUGUGUUUGCAGCACUUUCAUCCCUGUGUACUGUGGCCUGAUCCCUCCAAGUCUUCAAGGAGUGAGAUACGUUGAUGGAGGGAUUUCUGACAACUUGCCACAGUAUGAACUGAAGAAUACCAUUACAGUGUCUCCCUUCUCAGGAGAGAGUGAUAUCUGUCCACGGGACAGUUCCACAAAUAUCCAUGAGCUGAGAGUCACCAACACCAGCAUUCAGUUCAAUUUACGCAACCUCUACCGCCUCUCCAAAGCCCUGUUUCCACCAGAGCCUCAGAUUCUGCGGGACAUGUGCAAGCAGGGCUACAGGGAUGCUUUGCACUUCUUGAAAAAGACUGGUCUCCUCCAUCAUCCAAGACCUAUGCUGCCACUGCUAGCCAUAGAAGACAGUGCAGGGGAGACGAAUCCUGAAGAGGAAAAGGCUGGCGAAGAGGAUCAGCUGGAAGAAAACACUGCACUGGCAGUAGCUGAAGACCAUAUUUUUGAACACUUACCUCCUAAAUUGCACCAAGCCCUCUUAGAAGCCUGUGCAGAGAGGAGGGGGCUGUUCAGUAGCAUUGCCAACCUGUUGCCUGUGCGCCUAGCAUCCACCUUGAUGCUCCCUUACACCCUUCCUCUGGAGUCUGCUCUCUCCUUCACUGUCAGGUUGCUUGAAUGGCUGCCAGAUGUUCCAGAAGACAUUAGGUGGAUGAAAGAGCAGACACGGAAAGUUUGUCAGUAUCUCAUGAGAAAAGCCAAGAAGAAGCUAGGAAGUCAUCUCUCAGCCCGGCUCUACUACCAUCUUGAACUCAGAAAGACGCAAAGUUUACCUGUUCCCUUGAGUGCUGGCUAUGGAGAGGCAUUGCCCAAGUGGUUGCGGAAUAACCUGUCUCUAACAGAUGUUAUGACAAAAUGGGAAGAAUACCAGCGCCAGCUGAUGUUGGGGCUGUUCUGCAUUAAUGUGGACCUGCGGGCUUCUAUCUUCCCAUCAGAAGGGCUUGAGAUGAGACACCCACCAGCAGGCAGCUCCCAAGAGAGCCUGCAACUCUUUUAAAGCCAUCGCCAAUACCUGAACAGGUGGAAGGGGAGGGAGGGAGGGCAGCAGUAGUAUCCUUAAUACCUAUGAAGGGGACUUCUUCCCACCAUGAACAGAGAGAGAACCUAUACCAAAAACACCUGAUUGUGCCAACAUUAAACAGGUGACUGGCACCAUGUUACACCCAAUACAGUCUGAUAGGUUUCAUGUUCACUUUUUGAGAGGAUGAUGCAUAAAAUAUUUGGUGAUUGCAGCAUAGCUGUUCUCUCUCUUGACUGAACCGUAAAGAGUUUCAUUUUAGAACACAUCUUGAAGUUAUCUCAAACUUAUGUAUUAAGAAGAUUGUGUCCCAGUCAGCACCCUGGGAUUUCUUUGUUUUUAGAUCAGUAUUGUAAAAUGUGUAGCUUUAUGUUUUGUGCUUUUAAAGAUUUGAUUCCCCCAGGGUGUUUAAUGCUAUGAGAUGCUAACAGCAAGGCUGCCUAGGCUGCAAGCAAAGCCAGGUUUUGUAUCAGAGCUUGUCCUUCUUGUCAACUGUAAAUGGAAGCACAGUGUGAAAUCUUCCCCACAUUGUCUUGUGCAUCUUUCAUGGUACUGUUGCUUUUAAUGUGGAUUUGAAGAAUACAAAACCCAUAAAGUUGA